GAAAAUAAAAUAAAAUAAAAAAUUUAAGUGAUUUUGCCCACUAUUAUUUUAACGCGGGAAAAUUGAACUCAACCGUGAAAGCUUAGCAGCUGAUUUCCCAGUUGAGUACAACUCGAUAAGCUGUGAGUACUCACAAAUGGAGGAGAACGGCGAAAUGGAAUUCCCAGCAUUCCCCUACAAACCCUACUCAAUACAGCUGGAUUUCAUGAAAUUCCUUUACGAAUCGCUCAACAGAGGUGGGCUCUCGAUGCUGGAAAGCCCCACCGGGACUGGAAAAACCUUAAGCAUGAUAUGCAGUGCACUGCAGUGGCAUGAUGAUAGAAAGAAAUUGGAUAGUGCGGAGAAAAAUGAGAAGGAGAAGUUGGGCGAAGGUAAUGAUGGUGAUGAGCCGGAUUGGCUUAGAAAUUUUAUGCCAAAUAAAGAAGCUGAUGUAGUCGAGAGUACAAAUGUAAUGCAUAAGAGGAAAAGUGGAUCUCGUUUGAAGGAAAAGGGAGAAAAUGUUAGAGAUUUAUCUAGUUAUAGUAGUGGUGAAGGUGAAAAGGGGAAGGGGAAUAGCAAGGAGGAGAGUAGCGCGAAGGGGAAAGGUGGGAGUGAGGUGGAUGAUGCGGAGUUUUUGAUGGAAGAGUAUGACAGCGAAUCAGAAAUAGGUGGGAAAUCGAAGAGGAAGAAUGGUGGAGGGGAUGAUAUGUUGUCGAGUGAAGAAGAAGACGAAGUAGAUGAGCUGGUUGGGAAGGAAGAGGAGUCGCGAGCGAAGAUCUACUUUUGCAGUCGGACACAUUCACAGCUUUCACAGUUCAUGAAAGAGAUGAGGAAGACUAAAUUUGCUAGUGAGUUGAAGGUUGUUUGCUUGGGCUCUAGGAAGAAUCUCUGUAUCAAUGAAGAGGUGUUGAAGCUGGGGGCAUCCAAUCGUAUCAAUGAGAAAUGCUUGGCGCUCCAAAAAAAUAAGAAGGAUGAAGCUUCUAAAAUGAAGAAGUUGGGUUCUGGAAAAAGGAUUCGUUGCAACAAAUCUUCUUCUGGAUGUCCAAUGCUAAGAAGAAGGAAAAUAGAGGAGUUCGCAAAUGAAAUUAUUCAAAUGGAGGCUCUUGACAUUGAAGAUCUUGUCCAUAUUGGACGUGAUAUAGGAGGUUGCCCAUAUUAUGGUUCAAGAAAAAUGUUGCCUGCAGCUGAUCUCGUGGUUCUUCCAUAUCAGUCUCUUCUUUCAAAAUCAUCACGUGAAUCAUUGGGUUUAAAUCUAAAAGACAGUGUUAUUAUCAUAGAUGAAGCUCAUAAUCUAGCAGACACUCUCAUCAGUAUGUAUGAUGCAAGAAUCUCAUGGUCCCAGUUGAAACAAUUGCAGUCUCACUUAGAUGGAUAUUACCAAAGAUUUUGCAAUGUUCUAGGACCAGGAAACCGGAGAUAUAUCCAGACUUUGAUGACCAUCACUCGGGCCUUUUUACGAAUGUUGUCUGAUGUGAAGCAGGUGAACCGUGCUGACCUUCCAGUUCCAUGUGAUACAAUGACCAUCAACGAAUUUUUGUUUGCUCUGAAUAUUGACAACAUAAACCUUGUCAAACUGUUACAAUACGUGAAAGAAAGCAACAUAAUUUAUAAGGUCUGUGGAUACGGAGAUAAACUUGUCAUAUCUCAAAAUACCAGUCCUGGUGGAGAUGAUGAAAUUAAUGAGGAAAGUGCAAUCUCUGGUUUCAGAGCAUUAGCUGAUAUGCUUUCCUCUUUGAUCAAUAAUAACAGCGAUGGAAAAAUGAUAGUCUCAAGACCGAUGCAGACAUGUAAUGGUCUAGAAGGAGGGUAUGUAAAGUAUGUUAUGCUGACUGGAGAGAAAAUAUUUUCUGAGGUGGUAGAUCAAUCCCAUGCUGUCGUCUUGGCUGGUGGAACCUUACAACCUAUAGAGGAAACAAAGGAAAGACUUUUUCGGUCUCUACAGUCAAAUGAGUUACCCUUUUUUUCAUGUGGGCACAUAGUUCCUUCUAAAAAUAUUUUGCCAGUUGCUGUUAAACUUGGGCCUUCUGGUCAGUCUUUUGAUUUUAGCUACAAAGCUAGGAGCUCAUCAACCAUGAUUGAGGAGCUAGGUCUUCUGCUGUCUAAUCUAGUGACAAUUGUUCCAGAAGGUGUAGUUGUAUUUUUCUCAUCAUUCGAGUAUGAAAGCCAGGUCUAUGAUGCAUGGAAGGAAUCAGGAAUUGUUUCAAGGAUUAUGAAGAAGAAGCGCAUUUUCAGAGAGCCAAGAAAGAGUACGGAUGUUGAAGCUGUAUUGAGAGAAUACAAAGGAACAAUUGACGCGUUGUCCAUCACAGGUUCCACAUCUUGCAACGGUGCAAUCCUCCUUGCCAUUGUUGGGGGCAAGAUAUCCGAAGGCAUCAAUUUCAGUGAUGGGGCUGGUCGGUGCAUAGUAAUGGUUGGAUUACCCUAUCCUAGCCCAUCAGAUGUUGAGUUGAUAGAGAGGGUGAAGCAUAUUGAGGGUCUUGGGAAGACAAUCCCAAGUGAAACUGAGUGUCGUGGUAGGGAUGCCGAGACUGGGCUUCAAAUCCUUAAAAGGUGUAAAGGAAGAGGAAAAGAGUACUACGAAAAUCUUUGCAUGAAAGCUGUGAAUCAAUCCAUUGGUAGAGCAAUUCGGCAUGUGAAUGAUUAUGCAGCAAUAUUGUUGGUGGAUGCACGUUAUGCUUCUGAUUCCAUGAAGAAAAACUCUUCCCACCCAACUGACAAGCUGCCACAGUGGAUCAAAACUCAUCUGGUUCCUACAACUGUCUUUGUAGAAAGGAAGGAGUACCUUUUUGAUAAUCAGCUAGCCUCAAGGAGACAGCAGCAGUGUGGACCAAAAAGCAGAUAAAUUUGUCCCAUUCAUUCCCAUUGCCAUUCGUCUCAAGGUAUGUGAAAGAAACUUCCAUCUCUUUUUGUUUUCCACCAAAGCACAUUCCAAUUUGGAAGUUUUGUGAUAAAAAGAUGAGCAGCAAGCAGCCACAAAUGCUCAUGAAAUCAACCCUCCACAAGACCAAGAAAUUUUUCACCAAAACCCCCACAAAUUCCAAAAUCAUCAUGGAUGAAGCUGUAUUGCCAAAGAAGAAAGAGUGGACGAGGGCGAGAAAGUGGUCGUCAGCUGAGAAGCAGGAAGAUGAUUUGGCGCAGAAGAUAGAAGAUUUGGAGAUGAUGAUGAUGGAGUUGAACGAUUGGGAUCACGCGCUAGACGUGGAGGAGGCGCUGCAUUACUACUCGCGCCUCACAUGCCCGGCUUACGUACAAAUUGUAGACCAGUUUUUCAUGGACAUGUAUUCGGAAUUCCACGCUUCAAUGAGGAAACUGGCGCCCCACAGCAAUUACAGCUCAAUGAGAAGUCUUGCACCUUUAAAGCUAUGAAAUUUCUAAGCCUUUCUAUUUUGAAACAUGAAUUAAUGCUUAUGUAUUGUGUAAUAGCAUGUAUUUUUUUUUUCUUGGAAUAAUUUUUUGUUGAUUACUAGUGUGCUGCUGGAAAUUGUACUCGAUUAUUAUACUCCAUCUAUCUAUUAACUCUUUUAUUUUCAA